GGGACGCAGGAGACAGGUGAGGAGAAGAGACUCGUGUGGUUGAGGUCGCUGCUGGGGAUUCCUUCUCGCUUGGGUAUGUUGCUCAUUGCCCAGUGGACCGUUGGAUGCUCUGACCAUGCCCAGCAGCUCACCUGGCACUUUGUGGCCGAGACAGCUCUGGGCUCGGGCAAGUGGGAGGGCUGGCACGUUCCUUUCACUUUCUCAAGCCACCCAGUGUGACACCUGGGGACGGAACUACAGUUCCCACCACGCCUUGAGGCAGGAGGAAGAAGGGGCACUGAGGGCUGAAAAGGAAAGCACAGAGAAAAAGAACGUUACCUGGUGGCAGAGGUGAGGCAGCAGCCAGGUAAGCUACAGGUGAGCCAGGAAGGUGAAGGCUGCAGGGGAGGCGAUGAAGGGGUGCCCUCGGGGAGGACGUUGCCAGUUCCUGGGUGCAGGAUGUGUAGGCUGGGUUAAAGGUGCUUUUGUGGGAAUCCUGAGGGCCUACUGGUGGGGGCAAGAGGACGGGAGGGGGAAAAAAAGGCAUCAGCUCAAAUUACAGUGAUAAGACACCGGAAGUGGAAUGGCUUUCUUUCAUUGAAAAGUCAGAGCGGGGCGAAGUACCUUGCUCGGUCUGCACUGUCUCUCAUCUGUGAACAGUUUAGCCAUUGGUGAGCUCAGACCCUCCAGCCGCUCUGAGGGAGAAAGAUGUGGCAGUUUGCUUCUGUAAAGAUCACUGUCUUGGAAACCUUAUGGGGCGGUUCUACCUUGUCCUAUAGGGUCACUGCGAGCUGGAAUGAACUCGACAGCAGGGGUUUGGUUUUUCGGUUUUGGAGUUCAGAGCUGCCCACGAGAGGAUGUGAGACCCUUCGUGAUUGAAAGCCCUGGGCUCUUCCACACACACUGGAUACGUGCACGCGUUUCCAUUUGUACGGUGCCACAGACUUCUCCUUUCCUAAGACUUCAGAGAAAAACCGAAGAGUAAAACCAGGGAAAUGGAGAGGGGGUCAGAAGGCAGAAGCCAUGUGUGGCAUAUCAGAUUUAGCCGUCCCUUAGGGUACGGUUUCAUCUGUCUUUAUGAGACAUGUGAUGAUGAGGCUUAACACGAUAUCAUCUGAAGAACGGCUGAAGGGCCGAGGGAUAUUUGUCUGUGGGUUUGGGCCUGCUGCCUGGAAUAUCUGAGAGGCUGCCAUGUGGAAGGGGAGCAGGAGUUGCCGAGCAGUGCCAGGACAGGAUCAAUAGAGGGAAAUCCCGGGGAGAAAGAGUUCAGCCCCAUAUGAGCUAGGGCUGCCCGGGGCAAGACAGAUUUUUUUCAGGAGGUAGUGAGCGCCUCAUGAUCAAAGAUAUUUACGAAUAGGGAUGGUGCCAACAGUUAAACAGCUUGUCUGCUAACCAAAAGGUUGGAAUCCACCCAGAGGCUCCUCGGGAGAAAGGCUGGCAUUUACUUCCCAAAAAUCAGGCAGUGAGAGCCCUGUGGGGCGCAGUUCUGCUCUGACACCCAUGGGGUCAAAGGCACCUGGUUUUGGGCUAUGUAAGCAGGGGUGCUGAAGAUGGGACUAAGGUUCCAGGUGGCUGAGUGUGUUGACUGGUGCUUCCCAAACUGGCUGGUCAUCAGGAUCACCUGGAAAGUGGGGGUUGGCUUUUUGUUUUUGUUUUUUUUAAUAUGUUAAAUUUGUCUGAGAUGGGCUUUAGAUGAAGGUUUACAGAACAAAUCAGUUUCUCAUUGAACAAUGAAUACAUAUACUGUUUUGUGACAUCGGUUGCCAACCCUGCGGUGUGUCAACACUCUUCCCUUCUCGACCUUGGGCUCCCCGUUUCCAUUCAUCCAGCUUUCCUGUCCCCUCCUGCCUUCUCGUCCUUGCUCCUGGGCUGGUGUGCCCAUUUAGUCUCAUAUACAUGGCUGAGCUACAUGUACUAUUGUUUGUUUUAUGGCCCUGUCUAAUCUUUGGCUGAAGGAUGAACUUCAGGAGUGGCUUCAGGACUGCGUUAAUAGGGCGUCCAGGGGCCUUACUCUCGGGGUCUGGCCAAUCUCCAUCAGUCCAGUAGGUCUGGUCCUUUUUUGUGAGUUUGAGUUUUGUUCUACAUUUUUCUUCAGCUCUGUCUGGGGCCCUCUUUUGCGAGCCCUGUCAGAGCAGGUGGUGGUGGUAGCCGAGCACCAUCUAGUUGUGCUGGAUUCAGUCUUGUGGAGCUGUGACAGUUGUGGUGUUAGUCCUCUGGACUACUCUUUCCCUUGUGUCUUUGGUUUUCUUCAUUCUCCCAGAUGGGGUCAGGAACAUAUAUUUUUAUGAUCUCCCCAGGGAAUUCUGAUCAUCAGUUAUUUUGGGAACCAAUGCCAUUAGAAACCUUUAAGUUAUAUUCCAGCCUACAGGUUCAAGACAAAGUAUGCCGUAAACCCGUAGACAUGUGAACCGCGGGUGUCAUUUUGAAGUAGAUCACCAGGCCUUUCUUCCUUGCCCUUCCCAGUCUGGAAGCUUUGUUGAAACCUGUUCAGCACCAUAGCAACACAAAAGCCUCCACUGACGGAAGGGCGGUGGCUACGGCCGAAGUGCGUUGGCUGGGGAUUGAACUCGAGUCUUCCGCACAGAAGGUCUGUUCAGGGUGACCAGGGCCAUGCCAUUUUCCAGUGCAGCCAGGGCAUCAGAGGAGAACUUUGACUACCUGUUCAAGAUCAUCCUCAUCGGGGAUUCCAACGUGGGAAAGACGUGCGUGGUGCAGCACUUCAUGUCUGGGGUCUACACGGAGACACAGCAGAACACGAUUGGGGUGGACUUCACCGUGCGCUCCCUUGAGAUCAACGGCAAGAAAGUGAAGAUGCAGGUGUGGGACACGGCUGGCCAGGAACGCUUCCGGACCAUCACCCAGAGCUACUACCGCAGCGCCCACGCCGCCAUCAUCGCCUAUGACCUCACGCGGCGGUCCACGUUCGAGUCCGUCCCGCACUGGAUCCACGAGGUCGAGAAGUACGGCGCGGCCAACCUGGUCGUGAUGCUGAUCGGAAACAAAGCGGACCUGUGGGACCAGCGGCACGUCCUAUUUGAGGACGCCUGCACCCUGGCUGAGAAGUACGGGCUCCUGGCUGUGCUGGAGACGUCGGCCAAAGAGUCCAGGAACAUAGAGGAGGUCUUCGUGCUCAUGGCCAAGGAGCUUAUCGCCCGCAACAGCCCACACCUGUGCGGGGAGCCCACCCUCAGCAGCCUGCCCCUGGAUUCCAGCCCUGUCCUUGUGGCCCAGGGUCCGAGCAGGGAGACCCACUGCACCUGCUGAGUGCUCCCAAGGCUGGGUGCCUGCCGUGGGGCCACCGCAGAGCCACACACAGCAGGUGUUCUAGCGUCUGCAGGCAGGCCUGCUCCAGCCCUUCAUUCCUCUGGCCUCAGGCCACACCAUGGCCACAGCUGCUGACACUGAGGGAAGGGAUGGCACUGUUCCCUCGAUUUUGCCAUGAAGGCAGGACUCGAGGGGGUUAAGGGGCUUGCCUGUUCUUUCUGUCCCCCAGCCCUUCACCUGUUCUCUGCUGAGUUUUGUUUCUCACCUGAAAAAGAAGGUAGACGAGGAAGGAAGGGGAAUAGCAAGAGAGAGGAUAGGAUGUUUGGAACAUUCUGGAACAGUUUAGAACUGCUCGUGCAUGGAGAGUGGGGGAACCCAAAUGCUGUUAGCACUUUGCUUCUUGACAGCCACACCUCAAGUCUUGCUGGAAGCAGGUCUUUGACACAAAUGCCAUCUGGCCACAUGGCUGGAAGCCCCUAUGGCAACACAACUGGACGUCACCGGUCCUAGCUGGGCGGCUCUGACCACCCUCCUAGCAUGUGGGACAGGCAUACCAUUUCCUUCUGAAACACCACACACUGUCUGCUGGACCAGAAGUCAUUUCUGACUCAUUGCUGAAUAUCAAUCCCGCAUUGCUCUUUCUCUAGGAAGCUGCCAGGUAGAAGCUAGUGCAUUUAUGGGCACAGUGACCCCUGCUUCCAGGACUCAAAAAUGAGAGGAGGCUAGGAAGGCAUGAGGUCCCUGGGUGGUGCAGUUAAUGUGCUCAGCUGCUAACUGGAAGGUUGAAGGUUCGAGCCCACCCAGAGGUGCCUUGGAAAAAGGGCCUGGCAAUUUGGUCCUCCCCUCUGCCCUAAGUCAUUCUAGUCUUCCCGUAGAUGUUUCUUAGUCCCUAAGGAGUCUUUUGGGGCCCUGGUAGUACACUAGUUAAGAGCUUGGAUGCUAGCCCACAGGUUGGCAGUUCAAAUCCACCAGCCGCUCCUUGGAAACCCUAUGGAGCAGUUCUACUCUGUCCUGUAGGGUCACUGUGAGUCAGAAUGGACUAGACAGCGGUGGGUUUGGUUAAGGAGUCUUUUGUUGUUAUUGUUGUCAGUUGCCGUUGAGCCAGUUCUGACUCGUGGCGCCCCCCACGUGUGCAGAGAUGGCGACCCCACGUGUGCAGAGUAGAACUGUUCCAGAGGGUUUUCAGUGCUGUGACCUUUUGGAAGCAGAUGGCCAGGCCUGUCUUCUGAGGUGUCUCUCUGGGUGGGUUUGAACCACCAACUUUUAGGCUAGUAGUUUAGCACUUAACUGUCUGCACCACCUGGGAACUCCUAAGGAGUCCUUGUUGCUGUUGUUAGGUGCCAUCAAGUUGGUUCUGACUCAUAGCGACCCUACGUAUCACAGAAUGAAACACUUCCCAGUCCUUUGCCACCCUCACAUUGUUAUGCUCGAGCCCAUUGUUGCAGCCCCCAUGUCAAUCCGUCCCCUUGAGGGUCUUCCUCUUUUUCACUGACCCUGUACUUUACCAAGCACGAUGUCCUUUUCCAGGGACUGGUCCCUCCUGAUAAAAUGUCCAAAGUAUGUGAGAUGUAGUCUCGUCAUCCUUGCUUCUAAGGAGCAUUCUGGAUGUGUUUCUUCCAAAUCAGAUUUGUUCGUUCUAAGGAGUCCUUAGGUAGGAGCAAAAAUUCAAAUGCUGACUCUCAAGGUCAUAAAUGAUCCAUUUUGCUUUUGUUAUCCACAAACUACAUCAGGCAUGAGAAGGGCAAUGCAGGAGAGCUGGGAGGGUUCGUUCUGAGAGCUUCCAGCUCUGCCUUAAACAUCAGGUCUCACGAAGGUGCCUCUGGAGCCCCCUGGCUGUGCAUACACUUAGUGCAGUCAGCUGCUAACAGAAAGGCGGAGGCUGGAGGCCAGCCAGAGGCAUGUCGGAAGAAAGGCCUGGCAGUCUCCUUCUGAAAAAUCAGCCCGUGAAACCCUGUGCAGCACAGUUCUACUUUGUACACAUGGGGUCGCCGUGAGUCAGAACUAACACAACGGCAAUGGUUUUACCGGUGAAGUCCCUUUUAGAGACUUCUUGCUUUGCAAAAAAGUCGUCAUUGCUUUGCCGAUUAGUUCUAUUUCUAAGGAAUUCUUGAACAAACUAGUUUCUCAUUAAUUAAACAGUUAGUACACAUACUGUUUUAUGACAUUGGUUACCAACCCCACAGCACGUCAACAGUCUCCCUUCUCAACCUUGGGUUCCCUAAUCCCAGCUCUCCUGUCCCUCCUGACUUCUGUCCCUAAGGAAUUCUGGACAGCUCGACCAAUCUCUCCGAUGGCUCCAAUUCCAGAUGUCAGCCAGGGUCAGGCACAGACCACUGGGCAAGGCCUGCAAAGGUCACCCUGGGUGGCUAAGCCUCCCCCAGCUCACUGAGUGACCCUCCCAGCCUUUCCCACCUUCCCUCCAGGAAAAGAUCUGAAAUCAAUAGACCAGUGAGGCCUGAGUCCUACUCGCCCCUGUGUUUUAAUGGGACUCAAAGACCAAACCUAAAGAGGGAAAGCUCUUAGUUGGAACUGCAGCCAGGAACUCAGCCCCUUGGGAGAAAAGGAGGUCUCAUGGGCCCCUGAAAUCCCCCUGGUGGACCGCUGUCCUCCAUGAGGCCAUCCACGCUGGGUGCACACACUCAUUCCCACCGGCGGCCCUCACGCAGGGCUCCAGGAUACAUGUAGGGGGAGGGUAGGGGCCCAAGGGCUAGCUCUGUCCCCUUUAGCAAAGGAUGGGAUGGGGGAGCUGCACCCCAGACCAGGCCAGUGCAGCAGCUCCGCUCAACAAGCAGCACUUCCACCUGAUCGCUCAUCCUUGCCGGGGUGGCCACCCUCCCCAGCAGGGCCCCUGCUGCCCAGGCUCCCUGCCCCUCCUUCCUUGAGACCAGCUGCAACUUGGCCUCAGAGGUAAAGUUAGAGCCUCAGCUGCCUAGUGCUGCUGUAACAGAAAUUCCCCAAGUGGGUGGCUUUAAAAAAGAUCUAUUUUCUCACAGUUUAGGACGUCCCAAGUCAGGGUGCCAGCUCGACGGGAAGGCUUUCUCUCUCUCUGUUGGCUCUGGGGGAAGGUCCUUGUCUCUUUUCAGCUUCUACUCCUUGGCCGUCUCGUGUGGUGUGGCGUCUGUCUUCGCCCAUCUCAGCUUGCUUGCUUCCUCAGUCUGCUCUUUGUAUAUCUCAAAAGAGGUUGACUUAGACACAUCCCACUCCAAUACCACCUCAUUCACAUAACAAAGAAAACCCACUCCCCGUAGGAUCACAUCCACAGGUAUAAAAACCCAUUGCUCUCGAGUCAGACUCAUAGCAACCCUGUAGGACAGAGCAGAACUGCCCCACAGGAUUUCCAAGGAGCGGUUGGUGGAUUCAAACUGCUUACCUUUGGUUAGCAUCUGAAAGCUUAACCACAGUGCCACCAGGGCCCCUCCACAGGUAUAGAGGUCAGGAUGACAACACGCUUUUGGGGCGCACGAUUCCGUGUGUAACAGGAACGUGCAUUUGCGUGCUCAGUGCCCGGCUCAUCCCCUGGCGCUUCUUCACUCAGCCAAAGUGUCUCCACCCAGAAUGACUUCUAAAAAAGACCACGUCCCCGUCUGUCACAGGACGGAGCCCCACGGUCAGAACGCACGCGUGCUGUGUGGAAGGAUCCAGCCUCACCCACUUAUGCAGUCAGCAGAUAAGCCAUGGGCAGGCCAGCAGCUCCGUGACCAUGUAGGUGGGUCCGGCCCAGCCCUGGUGACUGGUGAUGGCAGUGGGGGAGGGAAGGCACAGGGUGUCUGGAAGCUCUGCUGAAGCUUGUUCAGCAUCACAGCAACACACAACCUUCCAAUGAGGGACAGGUGGCAGCUCACGUGGGGUGCACUGGACAGGAGUCGAACCUGGGUCUCCCACAUGGAAGGCUAGAAUUCUACCACUGAACCACCACUACGCUCAUAUUGAGAAAUAUAACCAGAAAUAAAUCAAACCCAUUGUGGUUUACAGGGACCCCUCGAGCUACAGAGCAGACAGGCUCCAUAGGGUUUUCUUGGCUGUAAUCCUAACAGAAGCAGAUCCCCAGGCCUGUCUUCCCCUGUACCACUGGGUGGGUUUGAACCACCAACAUUUAGGUUAGUUGUUGAAUGCAAACAGUUUGUGCUACCCAGAGACUUACUGAGAAUUAGCCAAACCCAUUCCCAUCAAGUCAGUUCCGACUCCAUAGUGAUACUACAGGACCGAGAACUGCCCCAUAGGGUUUCCAAGGCUGUCAUCUUUACGGAAGCAGACUGCCACAUUUUUCUCCAGUGGAGCAGCUGGUGGAUUCAAACUGCUGACUUUUGGUUAGCGGCUGAGCACUUAACCACUGCACCAGCAGGGCUCCUUCUGAGAAGCACAGGGUGAAUUAGAACAUUUUCGAAAAUGUAUUGCUCAACAACAAGGUAAUAAACGGUGAUAUAUAAAACGCAGUCAAACCAGCCGUGAGGACGGUAAGCCCUCCGAAGGCUCCUCGCUCCCCAGCCACAUCCUGGCCCUGCAGCGCCCACCACGCUCUACACACACCUUUGUUUCUUCAAGGCUGCUGGGAAGAGGUGGUUCACAGACCAGCUUCUCAGUGUAUUCCCACAAGGGGCGCAUGACGUUGGCUGGGGUUUUGUGGCCACCGUGAAUUCUCUUUGACCACUGUGUAAAAUGAAAUGCGGACUUGCCAUUGUCUUAACCAGCACUUUAUCCCUGGAUUUGUUCAUUUCCCUGGCUUUUGGGCAGCACUCCCCUGACCCAAAAGAGCCUGGUUAGCUCAGCUGCCAACCGAAAGGUGGUGGUUGGAAUCCACCAGGAGCUCCACGGGAGAAAGAACUGGUGGUCUGCUUCUGGAAAGAUGACAGCCUCAGAAACCCUCUGGGGCAGUUCUACUCUGUCGUACAGGGUCACUAUGAGUUGGACCAAGAUCCUUUAAAGUCCCUCCAGCUCCUCAGCUCCCUCUACUGCCACAUACUCCAGAGCCCCCAAACUUCUGCCCCUUCCUGACUGUUACACAUGCCAAGUGAGGCCAAAAUUCUGAUAUUUUUCUCCCUACUUUUAUUAUGAAAAAUUUCAAACACACAGAGAUUGAAAUAAUAGAACACUGAAUAUCUAUAUAUCCACCACCUGCAUACCUGGAUUCACAAUGUGUUCACGUUUUCCAUGUUUGCUGUAAGUAGACAGCACACUCCACCUCCACAGAGCUCAUCGUGCAUUUCCCAGGAAGGAGGACAUCAUCCCUCAAGUCCAUGGGGCUGUUUAUCACACCUAGCGCCCAAAAUCAUCCCGUAUUUAGUCUGUAUCCAGAUUUCCUCCAUUGUCCCCAAGAUGCCUUUGGUAAUUUUUAAAAAACCAGGAUCCAAUCGUGGUGUCUCACAUUACCUGUGGCUGUGAUGCCUUA